ACAAGUGUUUUUUGUUUUUUGAAAAUAUCCUAACAAGUGUUAAAAAAAGAAAAAGAAGAAAGAAGUUGAGUGAGAGAGAAGGAAAAAGGCUACUUGUAUAAAACCCAAUAGGAAAAAAAGUGUAGAUAGGAUGAAGUUGUGGUAUGGACCCAAAUUUCUAGCCCCAAAUUAGUCUAUCAAAAUCAAAACUUGGAAUUGCCGCUCUCCAAUUGAAAAACCCAAAUUUGGAUUUUGGCACCAAAAUCAAUUCAGCGAUUCCCGCCUCUCAAUUCGAAAGAUGAAUUGAAUCAUAACUUCAAAACCAACGAGUCCCAGCUUUAGAUUUUCAUUAUUAUUCUCUUCUAUUUCGUCUGAAGCAACAAGUUACAGUACUGGCCAUGGCUGUUCCUUCCAAAUCUGAAUCCAAAACCAAGCUCUCUUCUCCUCACAAGAAGGGUACCAAAGUAACCAACAAUACUGAUCGGGCUGCUGCUGUUGCCGAGGAGAAUGCUCAACAGCCCAAGCGAAUUAAAUCUCCUGGAGUUCGCGUCGUCGGAGCCCGAAUUUACGAUUCUGAGAAUGGAAAGACUUGUCACCAGUGCCGUCAAAAGACCAUGGAUUUUGUGGCCUCGUGCAAGAAUACGAAGGGAGGGAAGAUCUGCACCCUUAACGUUUGUCACAAAUGUCUCUUGAACAGGUAUGGAGAAAAGGCAGAAGAAGUGAAUUUGUUGGAUGACUGGACAUGCCCCAAAUGCAGAGGCAUAUGCAACUGCAGUUUUUGUAUGAAGAAACGAGGUCAUAAACCCACCGGUAUUUUAGUUCAUGCUGCCAAGGCAAUUGGAUUGAAUUCUGCUUCUGAAAUGAUACUAAUGAAAGGUGCAGAUAAUUUGGGUGUUGAGAGGAGUUCUAAAAAAACUGUUGUUUCGCCUAAAAAGUCUGUUAUUUUAAACAAGGAGUCUGAGUCUAAAGUUGUACCGCCAACGAAACUUGGAAAGGAAAAUUCUUUUGAUGGAAAUGCUGAUGCAAACUUGGCCCCUAAGAAUUUAGCACCCAUAUCCACUGAGAAGAAAAGUAAGAAAACAAAGAGGGACGGUUUAAAGGAAAUUGAAAUGGGUAAUGCUGAGAAAGUUGCUGGGGACUAUUCAACCCAGAGUAGCCCAAAAAAGCCUAAGGUUUCUACAAAAAAGUCUGCGGAUGAUUGUGUUACAGGGGAAAAAAAGCUUUCUAAGAAAAGGGUUUCAGAUGAAGUUUCGCUCCCAUCAAUAAAACAGGAAGAUGGAAACAUGAAUGAUGGUAAAGUUGUAGGAAAAGUAUCCAAGAAAAAGAAAACCGGUAAGGAAGAUUGUUGUCUUGUCAAAAAGAAUGAUGUUCUUGAUGAUGUUUCACUCCAGUCCAUCAAACCACCCGAGGAUGGCAUGAAGAAUGAGACUGGGAUAUCACAAGAUGCAGGAGUUUUGAUUUCUUCUAAAGAUGCUAAGGCCAAAGUUCGCAAGACUAAGGCACUUGAAAUCAAGAAGUGUGCAGUUCUUGAGCAGACUGAAGUUGAAGAUGUUCCUCUGCCUCAGGGAACUCUCUUAACGACUGUAUGGGGUUUUGAAUUGUCUCCGGAAGAUGUUGGACAUGCUCUGCAGUUUCUGGAAUUUUGUUUAACUUUUGGAAAGGUUCUUGAUGUCAGGAAUGGGCAAGCUCAAGCAAUACUUCGAGAAUUAAACCGUGGAUCUAGUUUUCGUCGGGGACAGUACUCCUCAGCAAUUCGGUUUCAUACCCAACUCUUGUCUCUUAUACAAGAGGAUUCAAGCGAAGAGCCCUCAUCCAUAAGCGACAAUAAUUCUUGGCUUCAGGAUUUGGAGAAUUGCAUCUCUGAAUCUGAAUGUGUAUCAAAGGAACUGUCAACUUGGUUUGGCAAAGGGGUAAAGGGAUAUGGUAGUUUGGCGUUCUCAAAAAAACUGAGAAUCUUAAAUUUUCUUUGUGAUGAGGUUCUCUGCACCGCAAAAUUGAGAAGUUACAUUGAUGAUGAAAAUUCAAAGCUUCUUGAGAAAGAGAAGGAGUCGAAGGAAAAGGUUGCUGCAGCGAAGAGUAAGGAGAAACUCCUCAAGCAGAAGAUGCAGGAUGAACUUGUAGCAGCUAUUGUUGCGAAAAAUGGCAUUCCGCUCUCAGUUUCAGAGCAUGAGGCUAUUGCUUCACAGAUUAAAAGAGAUGUGGCAGAAGCUCAUGCUGAAAUACUCAAGGCAACUGACAAUGCAACUAAGAGUAGAAGAAAAUGUGAUGCUGUUCGAACAGAACCUAAAUUUUCGGAUGGUGAUGGUCAUGUUUUCUGGAAACUUAGAUGCUGUGGUGGUGAAAUAGAUAUGUUACAACAAGAUAUGGGAGCAUCUGUUGUAGACUCAUCAGCUGAAAAAUGGUUUGCGUAUUGUUCUGACAUGAAAGAAGAAAUUCAGAAAUACUUUUCCUUUAAAAGGGCAAAGUGCAUUAGGAAUCAAAGUUUCACUCGCUAUCUAACUAAUCAAGCUGAUUUUAGAAACUCAGAAACAGAAAUUUCCGUCUAACUUGCUUGAAAGGCACAAUUGAACUUCGGUCUUCAUCGCUAUUCACGUAUGUAAAUGCAAAAGUGAAACUCUCUCUUUUUCCUAGAGUACAUUUUUCUUUUGUUACAGCAUUGAUUGGAUAGAGCAGAAGGAAGUAAGCCAUUUAAAGUCUAGGCAACAGAAGGAACUAGACGUUGAUUAAAUUUGUAAUUUGAUUGCAAUGCUGUACAGUGUACUCCCUAUUCAUUUUCAAUUGCUCUUUCUUUUGAUGCAUUACAUCAUGUACUACAGGCUAUUUUGCUAUGCAAACAGUUAACCUCGUUGGUUCUGAUUUCUUUGUAGGAAAAUCUUGUUGGCUGUUUUGUUAUUUUGAAAGAUCAGGUUAUUUUGUUUAAAAUGGAUGGAUUUAUGGCACCA